AGAAGCUAUCAGCUGACUUUUAGGCCUAAAACACGAUGUAAAUGACCUCAUUUCUAUUUGAAUGUCUGGGCUUGCAGACACUUGGAUUACAUCACACCAGCAAUAUGGAGGCAUGUUGUGUUUUGUCUGUUGUUUUAUUACAUCUGAAGCUUUAGUCACUAAUUUCUUCAAUUGUAUUGGAUUCGGCUGCAACACUGUUUACCACUUAAACUCCUAGUGUUUUGUGGAUUGAAACACUUCACCCACCUCUCCAUCGGAUUAAUGGCAGAAAAAACAGGAUCAGUACCAGUAGGAGAGGGGGACGGCCUGGAUAUGCAAGCACGUGGUCCUGAGGAAUCCGCUCUUCUUCCUCUUUCAUCUGACCUUUGCACUCUGUCGUAAACCCGUUCUCUGGAUCCUGAGCGAGCCCUGACUGUCCCGUACCUUGAUCCUCUCUCACGGGAGAGAGAGCGAUAGAUUUCCCCAUCAACCCGAGAGCUGAUGUGACCGGACACUGGAGUCACACGCCUGCAGACACGCAAAGAGGAACUCUGCAUGGAAAAAACACAAGAGCCGUGGGACCUAGUCUCUCGUUCCCAUGACUCCUAAGAAGCCUCAGCAGUGGCUUCAAGUGGUUGGACAUGCAGGGAACUUUCAUGUAGGGGAUUACGGCACACUGCUGAAGAGGUAUUGUAAGGGGGAGCAGCAAUGUUACCUCCGUCUGAUGGCGGACACUCUGAGGUCCUUUGUUCCUGCCUACCACGGUGUUGUGCAGCGUGACAAGCAGGAUUACAACAUGAUGGAUAACCUGCUGACCCACUUCAACACACCUGCCAUCAUGGACUGCAAGAUGGGCAGCCGCACAUACCUCGAGGAGGAGCUGCAACUGGCCAGAGAACGUCCCCAGCCUCGCAACGACAUGUAUGAGAAGAUGGUGGCCGUGGACCCAGAGGCCCCGACGGCCCAGGAGCGAGCCCAGCAGGCGGUGCUGAAAACCAGGUACAUGCAGUGGAGGGAGACACUGAGCUCCACAACAACUCUGGGGUUCCGCAUCGAAGGAUUCAGGAAGGCAAAUGAUGAAUGUCACACAAACUUCAAACAGACCAAAAGCAGAGAGCAAGUGACGGAAGCACUCAGCAGUUUUGUUGAGUCCAGUGCGCACAUCAUGUGGGGAUAUCUGAGGCAGUUGAAACAGCUGCGGCAGGUCUUGGAGGCAUCCGACUUCUUCAGAACACAUGAGGUUGUGGGAAGCUCCUUGCUGUUUGUGCAUGACUGGACAGGCAGAACAGGAGUCUGGAUGAUCGACUUUGGAAAGACAGUGGUCUUGCCCUCACCACUUACCUUGGACCACCGCACUGCCUGGGUAGAGGGCAAUCGAGAGGAUGGCUACCUGUGGGGUCUGGACAACCUCAUUGACAUAUUGGGAAACAUGCUGCCGCUGAGCUAAAGGCCACGCUCAAAUUGUGUGGACAUUUACUCUCAAACUUCCGUAUAACACUUACAAAUGAAUUACUGUAGCUGCGUUGGCUUCUGAAAUGUUGUCAGAAUAAUGAAAAAAAAAACUAUUGAAGGUGAAAUGCAAGAUUUGUUUGAUUGAUUCCAAUAACUCCCCAACAAAAACAGUCUCAGAUUCCAGCCUCAGCAGGAGAUGUCAUGAGGAAUAAGUAAUUAAAAGCUAAAAAACGUCUGUUGCUGGAGAUUAUCAGAAAUAUCACAAUAUCUCAAUAAAAUGGUGCCAAAACUAUAAAGCUACAAUGUGGACAGUUAUUUUCUGCAAUUACCUAAAUUUGAGGCUCGAUUAUCUUCAUUUUUAAUAAAUUGAAAAACAUCAUGAAA